CAGCAGGUGGCAGUACUGAGUGUUUCAGUGUUUAAUCUGCCACAGAGAAAUAACCAGCGAGAAAGACACACAGCGUGCAUCAUGAAGAGGAUUAGUGAUUACUGAGUGUUUAGUGCUUUAUUGUGUUAGACUUAUGACAGAGCUCCGUUUGAAAUGGACGAAGCCACAACCCCUGGAAGAAAAGGCAACUUGACUGGAAGUGCUAGAAAACUGAAGGAUAACGCAGCAGACUGGCAUAAUUUAAUCCUGAAAUGGGAGCGUCUGAGUGAUGAAGGAUCCACCAUCGCAACCAAAAUAGUCAACUUCAGACUCAGCAAAGACAGGUCUGUAAAGGAGCCUGAUGUCGUGAUGGAGGGCCAAAAUUCAUCUGCAGUUCCUGCAGAAAGAAGUGCAUAUCAUAGCAACCCAGAGCUAGAGGAGGAAUGCAUCAAACUACAGAAUGUUGUAGACAAAAUGGCCCACAUUCUAUCUAAAAUGGAGAAAAUGGUGUCUGCUGAGAAGGGGAUAUGUGAACUGGAGACAUUUCAGUAUGGAGAGAAAGGAAGACCAGCACCGCUGUUUCAAACAUGGUCCACACAGCAGUUUGCUGAAGUGUCUUCUGGGCUUUAUAAGGCUUACAAGCAGGAGCUGGCCCUUAAGAGAACCAUAUUAGGGGAAGUGGCCCAUACAACCAAUCCAGAUCUCUGCAUGGUGUAUCUGUCCUGCUGGCUCUAUCAACCCUACAUCCAGGAUAACACCAAACUUCUCCUAGAGAGUUUACUGAUGGAGACAGGCUCCAGAGCAGUCUAAUUUAUUUAUUUAAUUCAUUUAUUUAAUGGUGAAAUGGGAUAAGAUGUGUACUAUAGAAUGAGCUCCAAAUUUAGUAACAGUACAGUGGUCGAUGCAAUAGUAAAAUAAUAUCUACCAUUUAUACAGAGUCUUGGUUGUGGUGUAGCAUUUUCUACAAUGAAAAUAUGAGAAAUUAGAAAUUUAGAAAUUUCACACUGAUGUCAAGUUAAGAACCAGGGCAAUUAACUCAAGGACUCAGGGAAAAAAUGUACGCUUUAUCACCAGCAGAACUAAACAUCAAAUGUAAUAUUUCACUAAAUUCAAGCUAAAUUGAAUGGGCUUUUUUUUUCCACUCUCCCUGACAAAGGACCUGAGAAUAAAUAUGAAUUUAUAUUACCUCACAUUCUUUUUCAUAUAUAUAUAUAUAUAUAUAUAUAUAUAUAUAUAUAUAUAUAUAUAUAUAUAUAUAUAUAUAUAUGUACACUGAUCAGCCAUAACAUUAAAACCACUGGCAGGUGAAGUGAAUAACAUUGAUUAUCUCGUUACCAUGGCACCUGCCAAGGGUGGGAUAUAUUAGGCAGCGAGUGAACAGUCAUUUCUCGAAGUUGAUGGGUUGGAAGCCGGAAAAAUGGGCAAGCGUUAGGAUCUGAGCGACUGGGUCAUGGGUGCCCAAGGCUCAUUGAUGCACGUCGGGAGCGAAGGCUAGCCCAUCUGAUCCGAUCCCAUGGAAGAGCUACAUGUUCAGGAAUGAUUUGAGGAACAAGACAAAGAGUUACAGGUGUUACUUUGCCUCCAAAUUCCCCAGAUCUCAAUCUGAUAGAGCAUCUGUGGGAUGUGCUGGACAAACAAGUCUGAUCCAUGAAAGCCCCACCUCACAACUUACAGGACUUAAAGGAUCUUCUGCUAACGUCUUGGUGCUAAAUUGUGGAAUCCAUGCCUCUAUGUGUCAGAGCUGUUUUGGCGGCACAAGGGGGACCUACACAAUAUUAGACAGGUGGUUUUAACGGCUGACCUACAGUCAUGAGCUACAGUUAAUGUUCACAUCAAACAUCAGAAUGGGGAAAAGUGUGAUCUCUGUGACUUUAACUGUGGCAUAGUUCUGGUGCCAGAUGGGCUGGUUUGAGUAGUUCAGAAGCUGCUGAUGUCCUGGGAUUUUCACACACAACAGUCUCUAGAGUUUACACAGAAUGGCGUGAAAACAAAAAACAUUGAGUGAGCGACAGUUCUGUGGGUGGAAAUGCCUUGUUGAUAAGAGGUCAGAGGAAAAUGGCCAGAUUGGUUUGAGUUGCCUGGAAGGAUAUAGUAACUCAUAAAUACUGAAAAGUAUCUCAGCAUGCACAAAACAUCAAACCUUGAGGUGGAUGGGCUACAACAACAGAAGACCACAUUGGGUUCCACUCCUGUCAGCCAAGAACAGGAAUCUGAGGCACAGGCUCAGCCGAACUCUCUCUCUCUCUCUCUAUAUAUAUAUAUAUAUAUAUAUAUAUAUAUACAUACAUACAUACAUAAUGGAGAAGAGGGAGAAACCCAUAAAAUGUACUACAGUGUGUUGUAAGUUAAUUUGCAUACUAUAGGGCAUGAGGAAGGUUGGCUUGGGAAAUCAGAUUUUAGCACUGAUUUAUUGUAUAGACUGUCCUCUGCAAAAUCAGUUUUUUUAAAAUCGUGUUAUACCUAGUUUCUGUGAAUAGCUGGGUGAAAUUAUUAUUAAAAAUCUGACCAUUUUUAAUCAAAUGUUAUAGUUUCAUUUAUUUACUUUAUUUUAGACUCCUUGGCACAUCUGCUUGCAAAAAUAAAAUCUACAUUACACUUAUCAAGCAUGUUAAUGGAAGACCCAUUUGUGCUUUUCUCCAAAAUAAUUCUAGCUUUGUUACUGUUAGGUCCAAAACAUGUUUUGGAGAGUAGUUGAUCAAGGAAAUGCAAACCGCAUUAUUAAAUCAAUUUGAUUUCUGAAACCAUUUCCAUUGUGAUUUAAUAUACAUCUGGAAAUGAGUCAAAAUCACUUUGGAUGAGCUACAAAUGUACAUUUUGUUAUUUUUCUAAUUUUCCUGUACUUUAUAGUAAUGAUAUCCAUUAUAAGAAUUUCAGUAUACAUUAAAGCCCGAAAGUGUGGAAGUAAUAAAUGUGUUAACAGGAAAUGUUUACUUUCCAAGGGCUAAGACAAUAAUGUGUAUUAACACAGACCCAAGACAUGACAACCAAAAAUAUUCGUCUAAUUGUCUGCAUCAGUAGUGUACAACUGAUUUAUAUUUUGCUUUUUGACCACACUAUGAAGAGGAAUUAAAAGAUUGUGGCCUCUCUAGGGCUCCACAGGAUCAGCAUGUUAAUUUAAGAGUUUAUAAUAAACAGUUUGAUUUACAGCUUGUAAUGAUUUAACAUUUAAUAUGUUAGAGAACAAACCUAUGAAUACUUUUAGAAAAAUAUUUCAUUGGUUUGGUUUCUCUGUAACAGGGGGGGCAGAAAAAAGAAGCGCAGAGGAGCUGCUUAUGCAACUCGACUGCAGGUAAAGUGGGAUGUCACUUCGCCUAGUGGUGAAUGUUCCAAAACCAGAAGUGAUUAUUUUUGGCAGAUUGGUCAGGUACCUAAUACAAAGCCCCAAUUCCCAAAGCUCAAUCACAAAUAUUGGUUUAAUGUCAUCUGUUUAUGUAUUCUCUUUGUAUUACAAAUGUUGAGAUGUUUGAAAAAACACAGUAUGUCCAAAGAUUAUAUAAAAAGUAAUAAAAUAGUGCUUUUUAAACAACUAUUGAACUGGACAAACUACUAUUUAACAUGUAACAAUGAAACAAGAGGUAACCUGGGAUUUUACACAAUUAAGACAUGUUUAUCCACUUAUUAACUUUUUGUCUCAUUCUGGGCAUUUUGUACAUAUUAGUUUAACAAUUUCAAUUGUUUUUCCUCUCAGAAAGAACUAAAUGCACAUCUUGAAGUCCAUAAAUCAUCCUUAAGCGGUUUAAAACCAAAACGCAUACCAAGAGCAGUUCCUCAUUGCUUAAAGCAAUUUUCUAUUUAAACUCAGCAUUAAGUAUUUCACACUGUCAUACUGUACAGUUUUUCAUAGUAUACAGUGUACAAGGUACUGAGUUCUGCCAUGGCCAUAGUACGUGAAGACACGCAAUGUUGGCAAUGAAAUGUGAAGCCAUAAGGUCUAUGUGACCAAACUCCUACAUUUUUUUUUUUU